GCUCCUUCGAUUCGAUUAUUUCAUCUGAGCACAGCAGGCAAUUUAAACUUGGAGUAGUGCGCCACCAACAGACCCUGCUUGCGAAUACGAAUUUGGGCUUCAUUGCGCGGUUUCGUUGCAGCUUGAUUAGGGCAUCAUCGGCAGAAUUGUGGAGUUUAUUCCCGCUCUUAGGCAUCUAAGCAACCGGCAGCUAUGGCGACCAUCAAGGCGUGUCGUGGCUUCAACGCCAAGAGCGACAUUGCAACGCUGCGUGACGCCAUCGAAGGCUUGAACACGGAUAAGCACGCGGAUUCAAUAGAUAAGUUGAUUAUGUUGGCGACCGAGCGUUCGUGGGAUCAGCGCGGCGAGAUCUGGACUGGAUACAAGAGGAUUCAUGACGAGGAUCCGAAGGAGGCUUUGACGAAGAAGCUGCGCGGCAGUAACAUUUGCCUGGGCUUGUUGGCGCUCUUCGGACCUGCAGCCGAGCGUGAUGCGGAGUGGUUUUACAGCGCUAUGAAGGGUCUGGGGACCGACGAAAAGCUGUUGAUUGAGCUGACAGCGACGCGAACAUCCCGGCAGCUGAAAGCCAUCGCCUCUGCUUAUGAGAGGUUGUACGGCAAGGAUCUGGCUGGUGACGUCGCCGGAGAGGUGGGUGGGUGCCUGGGAAAGAUGCUUAUAAAGUUGUUGACCGUCCCAAGGAGCGACGCCGUGCUGCCGGAGGAGAGAGCGUCUGCCAUGGCUCAGCAGCUCUACGAUGCUGGAAAGGGCAAGUGGGGAACUGACGAAGGGGUGUUCGUCGAUAUUCUGACUUCGGAAAGUCGCGGCACUCUGAAAUCGGUCUUCAGUAUUUAUCUUUCCAAAUUUGGACAGGAUAUUAUCUCGGUCAUUGACGACGAAUUUGGCGGGCAGGCCGAGGCCGGAUUGAAAUUCCUUGUCAGGGCUGUGCUGUCUACUCCCCAAGUGUUUGCCGAUGCAAUCAAUGAAGCUGUCCGUGGUCUCGGUACUGACGAGCGUGCACUUAUCCGGUAUAUCUGCGCACGUGCAGACAUGGAUCUUGAGGAUAUUAAGAAAGCGUUUGAACAGAAAUACAAGACCCCGCUCACCGACAGAGUAAAAGCAGACGACGGCACUGAAUUUGGAAAGCUUCUUGUUGCUGCCAUUCACUAACAAACAGCAGCAAUAAUUUGUCAUAUCUCCGAGUCACCCCCUCCUCCCCCUCCUCCCCCUCCUCCCCCUCCCCCCCCUCCAACGCUAUUACUCUCACCUUCGGUUGAAUUUUCGUCAUUCUUUUCACUCGAGAACGGUAACUCUUUUCAAAAUAGGACCAAUACCGUCUCGUCUCUCACGCUCUCUUUUUUUCCUAGUGCCGGGUCUUUCUCGAACUUCGCUUUUCUGCUUCUUGCUCACUUUGAAAUUUGAAUUCUACUUCUGCCCAUCUACUCAUUUUUUCUCGUAAGGCUCGCUGUUUUUCGCUUCUUCUUCUAUCUAGUGUUUUCUACUUCCCCGUACCGUGUUCCCCCGGACAUAACGUACCUUGCUAAUGAACGUACAGCGUCGUACACAAGCUGACUCUCCAGUGAGAUACAGUCAAAAUGAGGGUACGUUGUAUUCGGGGGAAGAGGGUAGUCGUGCUAUGUCACUCCUUCGCCUGUGUUCUUUCGGGAUCUUUGAUGUACUGUCUUGUUAUUAUCGCCUUACCUUUUAUAUGCAGGAAAUAGAAUCCAAAUGUCCAAAAUGCCUCUCCUUUUCUUUAAUGGGGGGGAUCAGGUUAAAGUGCUUAUGACGUACCGCUCCGCUCUGUUUUCUCUUCCCACCUCCCUUUUUUCAAUUCGCACCUCCCCUAAAUCUUGCCCCCAUCAACUUUUCUCUCUGUUGCUUGCAUUUUACUCUCCCUUUUCACACUUCUCGAUAAGUUCGUCCAUGUCUUAUCGCUACCUCUUCUUUCAUCUCCCUCUCUUUUGUUCUCUUCUAUUUGUAGGAGCUCAGUAUCCUCGAUUCUUAUUCUGGACAUGAGUUGAAGUUUUUAAUGGGGAAUUCACUCCCUAGUACAGUUCUAUGGUUAUCCUCCUCUCUCCUGAUCGCUUUCACAACUUCUUAAUCCGGAAAUCUCUCUCUCUCUCUCUCUCUCUCUCUCUCUCUCUCUCUCUCUCUCUCUAUCUCUAUCUGUGUGUGUGUGUGUAGCUGUAAUCUUCUCAGCAGUUGCUUUCUAGAAGCAUCUUUCUGCUCCGGAAUCAGCAGGUAGUGCAAGAUGAUGGCUAAGUCAGCUCGCUUCAAGUUUGGUAUAAGCUUGAAGCUCCUGUUCAAAUUCUUGAUGUUUGGAUUUGUUGGAAGGGGUUUCUUCCUGUCGUCAAUUCAAAUUAGCUCUGCGUUUUCUCGAUAUCAGUUCUGUCCCUCUCGUCAAUCCAAGUUGUUUCUUUGUGCGCAUUUGUGAUUUUUCGUCGUUGUUACUUGUUACGGCUUCAGUUUUGAAGAUGUUAUUCUCGU